AUGCCGGUAAGUGGCAUAUCCGGCACGCCUGUUGUCAACGUAAAGGGUGUCGUCGAGUGUCACAUCAGGCCGCGGUUCGCGACCAAACCCGCUUUAACUGUCCAAGCCUGGGUACUGCCGUCUAUUACAAGUGACAUGCCGCGCGCCUCGCUUCCCGCGGAUAUCAAGGAUCGUUUUUCCACACUCGCACUUGCCGAUCCACAGUUCAACGUGGCAUCUCCGGUGGACAUGUUGCUUGGGGCCGACGUAUUUUCCGCCAUUCUGGACGGUCGACAAAUUAAAAUCGACGAAGCCUUACCCACAGCUUUUAGUUCAAUCUUCGGUUGGGUCCUAAUCGGGCCAAUUCCGGCGGCGGCCACCUGUCAUCUCAUCACUACACCGGUGUCCUUAGCUACGUCCAUUGAAGCUCUGAUGGAUAAAUUUUGGACCGUCGAAGAACCAGACGCAGCUCCGCCGUCUUUUACCGACGAUGGUUGGUGUGAGAGUCAAUUCCGCGCCGAACACCAGCGACUGCCUUCCGGUCGGUUUCAAGUGCCGCUACCAACGCGUAAGCCAGUACCACAAUUGUCGUUCCCGGGCUCACGAUCCGUCGCGCUCAAGCGUUUCGAGUCCCUCGAACGGAAACUGACGUCCGACACAUCUCUGCGCGGAGCAUAUUGUGACUUCAUGUCUGAAUACCUCGCGCUCGGUCACAUGUCCGUGGCCACGAGCCCCGGGCAGUACAUCAUCCCCCACCAUGCAGUGUGCACACAGUCCAACGGUGACUUUAAAAUUCGCGUCGUAUUCGACGCUUCCGCGGUGUCCCAUGACGGGACGUCACUAAAUAAUUGUAUGUAUCAAGGUCCCAAGUUGCAGCAGGACAUAGUGGACAUUUUGACCAGAUUUCGGGUGCACACGUUCGCGUUCACUGCCGACAUUU